GAGCGGGUAAUGAUAUCAGCUUACAGAGAAGCGAGAUGUUUGUCCUAGCAGCUGUGGUGACAAAAGUGGGUUUUGACACUGUGUCAGGAACGAUGACCAACGCGGGUAUUAGCGGUCCAAUGCCAAACUACGCACCGAGAAUGCAAGCAAACAGUUUCCCGAUUCAAACACAGCAGCCGCAAAACGAGAAAUAUCAGAAGCAACAACCUGCGAGUUUCGUUGAGUUCCAGGAGGCGAUUUACUAUCUUGGAUCGGACCCAACCGUCAUCACCUGCCCGUCGUGCUUCGCCACAAACAAGACCAAAGUCGUUUACGAGCACGGAUCCAACCCUCCUUCUUGCCUUUGGCUCUACUGCGGAUCCAAUUCAAUCAAAGAUGCUCAUCAUUAUUGUCCGCAAUGCCACGCAUACUUAGGAAAGUUUGAGCCCUGAUUAAAGAUUAUUUAUUAAUGUUUAGGUUUGCUAAUGUGAUAUCUGAAAUAAAUUUGAAAAGAAUUACAGGCCAAG